CUGUGGUUAUUAUUUACAAACUCAUGUGGAGAAUUUCACAAAACACAAUUUACUAAAAAUAACACAUUUCUAAACAAAAACUGACGAUGGAAGAGGAAAAGAAGGAUGACCCGCCACCAGUUAAACGGUAUAGACGUGAGGAGAAGUCUUCAGAAUCGGAGGAAGACUUGGAUAACUAUGAACCUUAUGUCCCCGUUAAAGAGCGUAAAAAACAACAGUUAAUGAAGCUGGGCAGGCUUGGGCAGCUUGCUGCAGAGGCUGCGGCGGAGCCUAAGAGCUCCAGUGACAAUGACCCGGACGAUGAGACAUCACAAGAAGAAUGGGGCCGCCGGUACAAUGUCUCUCUGCUAGACCAGCACUCGGAAUUGAAGAGGUUGGCGGAAGCCAGAGCCCUGUCCGCAGCAGAACGGCAGGCGAGGGAAGAGGAACAUAUCCUGGAGAGUGUCGCACAGAGCAAGGCUUUGAUGGGUGUUGCUGAGUUGGCUAAAGGUAUCCAAUACGAGGAGCCAAUAAAAACAUCAUGGCGGCCUCCGCGCUGUAUCCUGGAGUUGCCGGAGGAGCGACACGAGAGGGUCCGGAGGCAACUGAGGAUACUAGUGGAGGGGGAUGAUGUACCGCCUCCCAUCAGGACGUUCCAGCAUAUGAAGUUUCCUAAAGGUAUUCUUCGAGGUUUAGAAGCCAAAGGUAUAAAGAAACCGACGCCGAUCCAAGUGCAAGGUAUACCAGCAGUGCUGAGCGGGAGGGAUAUGAUAGGCAUAGCUUUCACCGGGUCUGGCAAAACCCUGGUAUUCACACUGCCUAUCAUCAUGAUGUGUUUGGAACAAGAGAUCAAGAUGCCGUUCAUUAAGAACGAAGGACCCUACGGCCUAAUAAUAUGUCCGUCAAGAGAAUUGGCGAAACAAACACAUGACAUCAUACAGCAUUUUGUGAAACAACUGAAAUUGUGUGGGAACCCUGAAAUACGGAGCUGUUUGGCUAUCGGAGGCGUGGCUGUAUCGGAAUGUAUGGAAGUGGUACAACGCGGUGUGCAUAUAAUGGUUGCCACACCGGGCCGGCUUAUGGACAUGCUUGAUAAGAAAAUGGUACGUCUGAACGUGUGCCGCUACCUGUGCAUGGAUGAGGCGGACCGGAUGAUAGACAUGGGCUUCGAGGAGGACGUCAGAACCAUAUUCUCUUACUUCGCCGGCCAGCGGCAGACGCUACUCUUCAGUGCUACCAUGCCAAGGAAGAUCCAGAACUUUGCCAGGUCUGCCCUAGUAAAACCAGUCACAGUCAACGUAGGCCGAGCCGGUGCAGCCUCGCUGAACGUGCGACAAGAGUUAGAACCAGUGAAGGCUGAAGCCAGGACUGUACAUCUACUGCAAUGUCUUCAGAAAACGCCACCACCAGUUUUGGUAUUUGCUGAAAGAAAACAAGAUGUGGACGCUAUCCACGAGUAUCUACUGCUAAAAGGUGUAGAAGCUGUAGCAAUACACGGUGGGAAGGAUCAGGAAGAGAGGUCGCGCGCCGUCGAGGCAUUCAGACGGGGAGAGAAAGACGUACUUGUAGCUACCGACGUAGCUAGCAAAGGUCUCGACUUCGCCAACAUACAACACGUUAUAAACUACGAUAUGCCCGAAGACAUAGAGAACUACGUGCAUCGCAUCGGACGUACGGGCAGAGCCGGGGGCGAAGGCGUAGCUACCACAUUACUAGGCAGGGCGGCUGAUGAUAGCGUUUUGAGAGACUUGGCGCAUUUGUUGAGAGAAGCUCAACAGAAGGUACCAUCGUUCCUGCUAGAUAUGAUAGGCGAGCCAGACGUGCCCGUGCCCGAUGGACAGGGAUGUUCAUACUGUGGCGGUCUGGGACACAGAAUUACAGAAUGUCCGAAAUUGGAGGCUGUACAAAACAAACAAGCUUCGAACAUCGGGAGACGAGACUAUCUGGCCAAUACUGCCGCUGACUAUUAAUAUUAAAAUACUUGUAAACCUCAUGAGCUAAUGUUCACAUGUAAACAGCAGCUCAUGUAAAGAGAUUGUCCAGUCAACUGAUGGUAGCGGUGACUGUCCAGGCGACACACGUACUUAGGUAUCGUCAUGAGCUAAUGUUCACAUGUAAACAGCAGCUCAUGUAAAGAGAUUGUCCAGUCAACUGAUGGUAGCGGUGACUGUCCAGGCGACACACGUACUUAGGUAUCGUCAUGAGCUAAUGUUCACAUGUAAACAGCGGCUUAUGUAAAGAGAUUGUCCAGUCAACUGAUGGUAGCGGUGACUGUCCAGGCGACACACGUACUUAGGUAUCGUCAUGAGCUAAUGUUCACAUGUAAACAGCAGCUCAUGUAAAGAGAUUGUCCAGUCAACUGAUGGUAGCGGUGACUGUCCAGGCGACACACGUACUUAGGUAUCGUCGUGAGCUAAUGUUCACAUGUAAACAGCAGCUCAUGUAAAGAGAUUGUCCAGUCAACUGAUGGUAGCGGUGACUGUCCAGGCGACACACGUACUUAGGUAUCGUCAUGAGCUAAUGUUCACAUGUAAACAGCAGCUCAUGUAAAGAGAUUGUCCAGUCAACUGAUGGUAGCGGUGACUGUCCAGGCGACACACGUACUUAGGUAUCGUCAUGAGCUAAUGUUCACAUGUAAACAGCAGCUCAUGUGGUGUAUUGACAAAUUAAUUAUUAAGUUGUGAUUUUAAAAUGUAAAUAAAUGAUAUUUUUAAGUA